ACUUUCACCCCCAAAUUGGUCUGCAUCCUGGACACAGACUUUCACCUUGGGGUUUAGUUAAUUUUAGAGUAUUCUAACACCAAAAAGUAAAUAAAUAGUUAUAAAAAAUAAUUACGUGAUAUUCUCAUGCUAUACAGUUGAUGAUUACUGACAGUAAAAAUGUGGAGGUCACAGACUUCAAAACAGACCAAACUCCUUGUCAGGACUGCUAAGCGACAACUAACCAGUGAAUCCACACCUCCUCCUAAGCCUCUAACUGCACCACCAGUACAAAGUCAACUACCAAAAAAAUCAGGAGGAUUUAGAUUGUUCAAGUUUUUCGGAUUUGGUUUACCUGCUGCAGCAACCAGUUUGUUGGGCUAUGCAUGGUAUGAUCCAAACUUUCGUAAGCAGCUAGAAGCAAAUGUUCCCUAUGCAAAAGAGGUGUUAGAAAGUGUUUUGCCAGAAAGCAAAGUAGCUGUUCACCCCGACAGGGUACAAGAUCUGCAUCCAGUUCAUAUUGUUGAAAAGCCUAGUAUAUUAAAUGUGCAAGAAUCCAUGACACAGCCUGUCUCCAACCAAACAGUGAAUUGCUUUGAUGCUUAUCUUACUGCUUUAUGCACCACUGACGAUUUUAAAAAUAAUAUUGAAAACCAAAAGUAUAAACUUAACAAAUUAAAUCCAGAUCAGUACUUCUCAUAUAUUCCCCCUUCGCGCGGUAAAGAUAAGGAAAUUUUUACAGAUGAAGAUGGAAAAAACAUGAAAAAUGAGACAGCUGUCAAUGAUAAAGAUGAUAGCCGUGUUGAUCGUGUAGAUACUGUCAACUUACGAGAAGAAUUUGAGGAAAAAAAAUUGGCUGAGGAAAUGUUGACAAAUAAAAAUAGUCCUCUUCAAAAUUUAACAGAACCCUCUUCAGUUCAGAAUCAGUCAUACCAGAUUUUAGAACUACAAAGAGAUGAUCUAUUACGGGAAAAUUUUUCAGAAGCCUCUGAUGUCAAAACAGCUCUUAUGAAAGAAACAAGUCAAACUGAAGAAGUUCCAUUAAAGAAAGAAGAAAAAAAGAUUGAUCCUAGAGUAAUUGAUGCACAGUUGAAAAAGCGUGAGGAUGAUGCUAAAGCAGACAAUGCAGCACUUGAAGUGGCGAUACACAAACUGUUAACCAACAGUGAACGUUUUACAGAAGAAGCAAUCCAGGCACAGAAAGAGCUUGCUUCAUCUAUUCGUAACCAUACAAAGUUGUUAAAACAAGCCAUGGAUGACACAUCUGAUAUUCUACAGAAAGAUGCACAGUGGGAAGCUGUGGCCAUAGCAUAUAAAGAAAGGGAACAUGCUUUUCAAAGGGCUAAUGAGCUUUCAAUUGAGUCAAAAAAAAGUCUGGAAAGACUGAAAGAUGUGAUCACAGAAGGAAAAGUUAAUCAAGUCACUAAACAGAAUCCAGCUAUUUUUCCAGCUAGCAAGAGGGUCAAUGAUCUACUGAAAGAUAUGACAGCUGCCAAUUCAAAGGUCAGAGAAGCAGAGGCAGAAUCAAAUGUCAUGCAAAAAUAUAAAGAAUUGGUAGACAAAGGAAGAAAACAAUUUCAAAAGGAAAUUGAAAGCAUACUGCCUGAUGCUAAAAUCAGUUCAGGUAAAAAGUUAUCAGAAGAUGAACUUAAUGCACUUAUAGCCCAUGCACAUCGCAGAAUUGAACAACUGCAGAAGCAAAUAGCCGAGCAAUUAGCAAUGGAGAGACAAAGACUAUCGGCUGCGCUUGAGGCCCAGCGUUUGGAAGAUUUAAAAAUCACAGAUGCUACCGUGGCUGAAGAACGCAUGCGUUUGCAGCAGGAAUUUGAUUUUGAGAAGCAAAAAUUGGAAAUGGAGUUUUACUUGAAACUAGAAGCAGAGGUGAGGAAACAACUGGCCCGUCAAGCCGCUGCCCACAGUGAUCAUCUGAGAGAUGUUCUCAGUGUCCAGCAGCGACAGUUAAAUGUAGAAUUUGAUAGAGAACUUAAUGCUAAACUGCUGGAGGAACGUGAAAAAUUUCAGUCUGAAGUUGCUGGCUGGAUCUCAAGACUUAAGGGUAUUGAAGCUGCUGUUGAUGCCCGUGCUGCCAGUGAGAAGUUAGCACGAUCAGCCCAAGAUUUAUGGCUUGCCUGUAUUUCUCUCAAAUCAGCUAUUCAAUUUGGUGAGGCUGAGAGUGAAACCCAAUCAAUACCUUUAAGGAACAGGAUAGAAGCCAUUUUGAAUUCAGGAAACAAGCAUCCCUUUGUUGAGACAGUUGCCAACACUGUUGCACCUACAGUCCUGGAUAGAGGUGUCAGCACUGAAGAUCAACUAAGAAAUCGUUUUUUCAGAGUUUCACAAAUCUGCCGUAGGUUAGGUCUUAUCAAUGAGCCCAACACAUCAUUGUACAAGUAUUUUAUAUCCUAUCUUCAUUCACUGGUUGUCUUUGAUCGAAUGGUGCCAAUGUCAGAAUAUGAUGAAAUAGAUUUAAACUCACUAGACAAUUUUGCACUAAUAGCUUAUGCUCAGCACUGGAUGGAGAGAGGAAACCUAGAAAUAGCCUUAAGGUUCAUGAUGCAGCUAACAGGAGAGUCACGAAGAGCUGCCAGUGAUUGGAUUAAUGAAGCUAAAUUACUUUUAGAAACCAAACAAAGUGCUUAUGCACUAACAGCAUAUGCCUCAGCAUCUGGCUUAGCAAAUACAUUUUAGGACAUUUAUUUAAUAAAAAAUAUUUUUUACAGUUACACAGCAAUGUAGAAGGUCUUUCCAGUUCCAUUGUAUGCGCCUAGAAAAUAUAGCUUGUAUAUUGAUGUGGAAUUAAGAAAGUUUAUUAUAAUUAUUUCCUCUUAUAUUAAAGAAAUAUUGUAGUACUUAGAACACUAUUUGACAGAAAUGAUGAUGAUUAGUCACCUUUUUGAAGUUUGAAGUUUUCAAUAAAGGAGGAGAGGUGGGAAAUAAAGCAAAGUGUUAUUUUCUGACCAAUAAAAACUAUUGGCUCUUUUUAUAAUUGAAGAGGUAAAUAAUACUUUAAAAUAACAGUGGUUUAUUGUUUAUAAUGUUAUUAAAAAGCAUUUAAUGUAUUUCACUAGAACAAUGCUAUGAUUCAAAUUGUUUAAAUGAUGGGAUACAAGUGAAACCAACUGAUUAUCAUAACCUUUUUAUCUGAUAAAUCAAAUAAACCUGCCUGAGGCUUCUAUUAGAUAAAUCAUUUGAAUUUUUCAUGCAUUUUAACUUCUUGUUUGUUCCUUUUCUGAAAGUUGGCAUUUUUAACUCUUAUCCUAAUAUGUUCAUUACUCCUAUUUUGUUCCUGUAAAAAUUGUUUGAACUUUGCACUGAUCUUAAUGUAAAGAACUAAACACAAACUAUUUAUUGAGACUAAGAACCAUACCAGGAUUGUUGCAAUGAAAAUGGAUUUUAUUAAAGAUGCAAUUUAACCAUU